AUGCGUGACCGUGUAGAGCGCCAGCUGGUUCUUUGUGAGCGUCUGCGAGGCCGAUAUGACGUUGUUCUUGAGCCUCCGCUCGAACUCCGCACCCAGGCUCGCAACCAUGGGAGGAAUGGGUGCGAGUGUUCCCGACGCGAUGACUAUGCUCCGCGCGUUGAGGGCCAAUUCGUUGAACAUCACCGCCGGGUUCAUCAGCCAAAUCCCCAGGCUAUACGCGUUAUCACCGUUGGCGACUAUCUGGACAUUGUAGCACUCGGGCAUGUGGCAGAGCAUUACCAUGAUGGCAAGCAAGUACUCCAGCUGGAAAAUAUAGUCCUCCACCAACCUGACCCCGCUGAGGCUGAGUGUCCUGGUUUGCGACUUGAUCUGCAUCAUGCUGCAAUAUACGAUGUACACUUUGGCAAUGUCAAGGUUGAAUGCCUGUAUAAACUCCGCCGACCCUCCCAAGGGGUUGUGGGCCUGGUCGUACCUAUCCCAGCUGUGAAUCACUCUUUCAUAAGAAUCGCCCUUCCUACGACCAGAAUUGCCGUCGGAUUUUGA